GGCGGAAAGUUUCGAUCAUCCUUUUGAGUUCGAUGCCGGCAUUGACAACAGGGUUAGAGGGCCAAAGACACUGGAAACCCUAUAGCUGCUCUGGGAGUUGAAGUAGUUUUGUCGGAUCACCUUUGUAGAUCAGCGCUAACUGACAAAUAGCUCCUCUCCACGCCUGUGUAUGGAUGUCACCAUGUCCCAGAUAGCUGCUCAGCUUCCGUGGAUUUCGCUGUCAAGCCCGCUGAGUUUGGCCUGAAGAUGGAAACACUGGAGUCGGAGCUGACCUGCCCAAUUUGUCUGGAGCUGUUUGACGACCCGCUGCUGCUGCCCUGCGCACACAGCCUUUGUUUCAACUGUGCCCACCGCAUCCUGGUCUCCCACUGCCCCCCCAGUGAGCCCAUCCACUCCAUCAGCGCCUUCCAGUGCCCCACCUGCCGCUAUGUCAUCACCCUCACCCGCCAGGGCCUAGACGGACUCAAGCGAAACGUGACCCUGCAAAACAUCAUUGACCGUUACCAGAAGGCCUCGCUGAGUGGACCCAACUCACCGAGCGAAACGCGCCGGGAACGCCCCACCACAGACUCUUACGCCAAGAUGGCCGACAGGGUUCAAUGUCAAUUUUGCGAACAGGACCCUCCGCAGGAUGCCGUCAAGACCUGCGUUACCUGCGAGGUUUCCUAUUGCGAGGAGUGUCUCAAGGCCACGCACCCCAAUAAGAAGCCUUUUACGGGCCAUCGGUUGAUCGAGCCGCUGCAGGACUCCCAUCUGCGUGGGCUCAUGUGUGUGGAGCACGAGGAGGAAAAGGUCAACAUGUACUGUGUGACGGACGAGCAGCUGAUCUGUGCACUGUGUAAGCUGGUGGGACGACACAGGGACCACCAGGUAGCAGCACUCGGUGACCGUUACGACAAACUCAAGCAAGCCCUGGAUUCCAAUCUGAGCAAUCUAAUCAAGAGGACCAGCGAAUUGGAAACGCUGAUGGGCAAACUUAUCCAAACCUGCCAGCACGUGGAGGUAAAUGCAACAAGACAGGAAAACAAGCUGCUGGAGGAGUGUGACCUGCUGAUUAAUAUCGUACAACAGAGAAGACAAAUUAUAGCCAGCAAGAUAAAAGAAGGCAAGUCUAUGCGUCUGAGAAAACUGGCCCAGCAGAUAGCCAGCUGUAAGCAGUGCAUUGAAAGGUCCUCGUCUCUCAUCACUCAGGCUGACCAGACCCUGAAGGAGACGGAUCACGCUCGCUUCCUGCAGACCGCCAAAAGCAUCUGUGAGAGAGUCUCUAUGGCAACAGCGUCCUCCCAAAUCCUUCUGCCAGAAAUGAACUUGAAUGAUAGCUUUGAUACCUUCGCUUUGGAUUUCACAAGGGAGAAGAAGAUGUUGGAAAGUUUGGAUUACCUCACAGCUCCAAAUCCGCCCCAAAUCCGCGAGGAAUUAUGUACAGCCUCCUUUGACACCAUCACAGUUCACUGGACUUCAGAUGAUGAGUUCGCUGUUGUUUCCUAUGAACUUCAAUACACGAUUUUCACCAACCAAUCAAACGUUGUUAGUCUGUGUAACUCGGCUGAUAGCUGGAUGAUAGUGCCGAACAUCAAGCAAAACCACUACACUGUGCAUGGUCUCCAGUGUGGCACCAAGUAUAUUUUCAUAGUGAAGGCUAUCAACCAGGCUGGAAACCGCAACAGUGAGCCAGUCAAACUAAAGACUAACAGUCAGCCUUUCAAGUUGGACCCGAGAACAGCGCACCGAAAGCUGAGAAUCUCCCAUGAUAGUCUGACAGUUGAAAGAGAUGAAACCUCCUCCAAGAAGAGCCACAGUCAGGACCGCUUCAACAGUCACAGCAGCUAUGGAGUAACAGGAAACGUUUACAUUGACAGCGGUCGUCAUUACUGGGAGGCUUUAAUAGGAGGAAGCACAUGGUUUGCUGUGGGAAUUGCCUACAAGUCAGCCCCUAGACAUGAGUGGGUUGGGAAGAACUCGUCCUCUUGGGUACUGUCUCGCUGUAACAACUCAUGGGUGGUGCGUCACAACUGUAAGGAGAUGCCCAUUGAACCAUCCCCACACCUGCGACGCCUGGGGGUCCUGCUGGAUUAUGACUCUGGAUGUCUGUCGUUCUAUGAUGCCGUGGCCUCUCAGCACUUGUAUACGUUUGACAUCGCUUUCGCCCAGCCCGUGUGCCCUGUCUUUAAUGUGUGGAACAGAUGUUUAACUGUCCUCUCUGGGCUGCCAAUUCCUGACUAUUUGGACGGCAUAGACUACAACUGAAACUUCUACUUUUUGUGCUCUAAGACAGCACAGUGUCUGCACUCGUGACUAUAAAAAAAACAAGAUGUUUGAAUAAAUAAUCAGGUUCAUCUCAAGAAAUGUUAAAAUGAAAUUAUGUACAAUACUUUUAACAUAUAUGGUUGUAGAUGUAUUUUAUUUGCACUUUUAUGUACUUUUGCCAUAGUUUUCAAUAAGGAUGUUUGUUAAAUUUCAAGCAUGCACUUGCUCUACUUUGAAAGGGUUGUAUUAAAGGCUAAUUUAAAAUGUGUAAAACAUUUUUUUUAAGCCAUGGCACUUUAAGGUAACACAACCUGUUAUAAUAAAGUAAAAUCAUUCAAAUAAUUACAUAUUUCAGUGAUUUACUAAAAUUGAAAAUGCUCUGUAACCAUUUUUCUAAUUUUCCCAUAAUAUUUUGGCUCCCUGUAGCUAUCUACAUCUUUCAUUAUGCAUCACAAAUUUUUUUCUAAUUAUGACAAUAAAAUUCAAUAUGUUAUGUUCA